AUGGCGUUCCCACCAAGACAGAGAAGACGCGCAAGACCUCAAAGGGAGGCACUCCCUGAUUCAAGAGCUGCGCGGGAGCGGAAGACUCAACUUAUCCACCACGACAUGCAUACGAAUAAUAUACUGUUUGCAGACGUUGAACCUCCUGGUGACCUCGAUCAUUACGUGAUCCCCCCGUUGAAACUUAUAGAUUUCGAAGACGCUGAGGUACUUUCUAACCCACGCAGAUAUAACGAAGCAGUGCAGUCGAAUAUAUUAAGUAUCGGACUGAUAAUGAGAUGCAUACUUACGGGCAGUACAAACCUGGACGCCCAUGCUGUCCCUGUAAGGAUUAAUGUUAGUGGGCUAAAUGUGACCAUCACAUCGUAUGCCAACUUUCCUUCCAAUACCUACCCAGAUAUCGACAAUGAUCUUAAAAGCCUUGUCGUUCAAUGUUGUGCUGUUAAUCCGCUGGAGAGGCCUACCCUUGAGGAUUUGUACAAUAGAGCCCGUGGCCACCUCCGCGACAGGGAAUACGAUUACUAUCGAAAUACUCCGAGCGCACCAUACGAAAGAAAGCCAUGGAUAACAAGAUUAGUCCAAGAGUAUAUCCUUAACGCUGAUAAUUAG